AGCAGCACUUUGGAUCGUCAGUCUGUUUAGUCGAACCGCAGCAUUCGCUCCUACGACGUCAGCUGCUCGGACUUUAGUUGAGAUUUCAAUUUGUUUCUUUCUCCCUAAGUUUUUCAACCCUAAACCGUAAUCAUGUCCGACGAUGAAGAGUACACCAGCUCCGAGGAGGAGGAGGUUGUCGAGGAGACCCGUGAGGAGACGUAAAAAACCACCUCAGACACCAGCCGAAGGAGAGGGCGACCCAGAGUUCAUCAAGCGUCAGGACCAGAAGCGCUCCGACCUCGAUGAGCAGCUGAAAGAAUACAUCAGCGAGUGGCGCAAACAAAGAUCCAAGGAGGAGGAUGAGCUGAAGAAACUGAAGGAGAAGCAGGCCAAGCGCAAGAUCUCCCGCGCCGAGGAGGAGCAGAAGAUGGCUCAGCGCAAGAAGGAGGAGGAGGAGCGCCGUGUCCGCGAGGCUGAGGAGAAGAAGCAGCGCGAAAUCGAGGAGAAGCGCCAGCGCCUCGAGGAGGCCGAGAAGAAACGCCAGGCCAUGCUGCAGGCCAUGAAGGAUAAGGACAAGAAGGGCCCCAACUUCACCAUUGCCAAGAAGGAGGCAGGCGUGCUGGGACUCUCGUCCGCCGCCAUGGAACGCAACAAGACUAAGGAGCAACUGGAGGAAGAGAAGAAGAUCUCGCUGUCGUUCCGCAUCAAGCCCUUGGCCAUCGAAGGAUUCGGCGAGUCCAAGCUCCGUGAGAAGGCCCAGGAGUUGUGGGAGCUCAUUGUCAAAUUGGAAACUGAGAAGUAUGACUUGGAAGAAAGGCAGAAACGUCAGGACUACGAUUUGAAAGAGUUGAAGGAAAGACAGAAGCAACAGCUCAGGCACAAAGCCUUGAAGAAGGGUCUCGACCCCGAAGCUUUGACUGGCAAAUACCCGCCCAAGAUUCAAGUCGCCUCCAAAUAUGAGCGACGUGUGGAUACACGCUCAUACGACGACAAGAAGAAGCUCUUCGAGGGUGGCUGGGAUGAGAUCACCAAGGAUGUGAACGAGAAGAUCUGGAACGAGAAGAAGGAACAAUACACCGGCCGUCAAAAAUCCAAACUGCCAAAGUGGUUCGGCGAGCGACCAGGCAAGAAGGCCGGUGAGCCCGAGACACCCGAGGGCGAGGAGGACGCCAAGGCCGAUGAGGACAUCGUCGAGGAUGACGAGGAAGUCGAGGAGGAGGUCGUCGAGGAGGAGGAUGAGGAGGCUGAGGAGGAUGAGGAAGAGGAGGAGGAGGAAGAGGAGGAGGAAGAGGAAGAGGAGGAAGAGGAAGAAGAGGAGGAGGAGGAGGAGGAAGAGGAGGAGGAAUAAACCAAUCCACACUGGGAUAUAUCCAACCCUCUCGUCGUCUCGAUACUUCCUUUACAACUUUUUCGUAAAAACAAACACUCUACAUUUAAAUACCAAAGCCAAACAAUUUUAAUAAAACGUAAAAGAAUGAACUAAAUAGUUAUGAUCUUAGCUUAUUCGCCCACCAAAAUAUACUUGCUACUACUAUUCAAAAUCUAAAAAUCAAAAAGAAAAAAAAAACAACAUCAACUUGACCAAACUUCUUUUUUUUUUUGUAUUAAAUGAACUUGUGGAUAGAUUACCAAGAAAUGUAAUAUUUCUUUCAAAAUAAAACAUCAAAUCCAACACCAAA